AUGUCAACUUCCAUAUCGCAAUCAAAACCGACAACCAAAGUAAUUUCGCUUGUACUUGACUCGGGUCCACUAAUAAAAAGCACACCAUUUCGUUAUCUGGCUCAAAAAUUCUAUACAAUACCCGAGGUACUUAACGAGAUACGGGAUAAUAAGUCGAGAGAGUACGUUAGCCAAUUGCCUUUCGAACUAGAAAUUAAGAAUCCAUCUGAACAUGCUUUGAAAGAAGUUGUCAAUUUCACGAAAAAAUCCGGUGAUUUUGCUGCAUUGUCAGCAGUUGAUAUAAGAGUGUUGGCACUAACUUAUAUGCUUGAAAUUGAAGCUAAUGGAACGUCAAGAAUAAGAAAAGAGCCAAUAAAGCCCACAACGCGUCAAGGAGGAACAGUGAAAAACGAAGCCAACAACACGGUUAUAAGAGAGGAUCAGGAGAAGAAGAAGGAAGAGGUGGAUUGUGCGACUGGUAAUAGUGGUGAUGACAACGGAAAGGGCAUUAAUGAUGAUGGGAACAAUGAUUGCGAUAAUAGUCAAGACUCUGGGGAAUCUGCUUGCAUAGAAGAAAACAAUGAUGUGCCUACUACGAAUGUACAUGAAAAGGAAGAACGCCGCGGUGGGGAUGAUGAUGGCAAGAGUGAUAAUGACAGUGAUGGAGAGUGGAUUACUCCUGAUAAUAUCCACAACUAUCAAGCAAAAGAACAUGGUCACAUUGCUAAAUCGGCCAAAUCUCAAAAAGAAGUUUACAUGAAAGUUGCUUGUAUGACUGUGGAUUAUACAAUGCAGGGCGGAAGGAAGGCUAAAAAUCUCGUGCUCCGCGAAGACCAAAAUGAAUAUCAAAGGGCGCUUAGGGCGCACCAAAAACAAAAAAAGGUUGACAUAUUUGACCCUGAUUACGUUCCAAACCUGCUGAUUGGUGCCGGUCCGCAUGCCACGGUGGGCCCACCAAUUAUUGGAUAUGGGAGACGAAACCCGAAUGAGCGACGAGGGCGAGGAAAGAGUAAUAGAAAGAAAUGA